UUUUGGGCAAACUGGAUGUACCCGCGAAACCGGUUCGAAUUGUUUGUGCUGGAAGGGGAAAAGCUGGGAGGUUCGGUGACUAAUUUUGACACAAUCGUCCUUGCGAAGUUCGUACGUGCAUGUGCAUUUCAGCGUAUGGUGAAUGUAACAUUGCAACAUCUAUAUUAAGGUAGAUCAACGUUCGGACGAUCAACAGAAUCGCUAUCGAAACGGAUAAGCACGGAUAGAUCCCAUUAAUCAGCAUGACCAACGAAAACGAUGAUCUCUGCAUCACAAGCUGUGAUCGGUGCCCGCGUAUGGUCGCUUUUGGUAAUAUUCUGCUCGAUAUCAGUGUGGAGCUGAAGGAUGGCAAAAUUCUGAGCGAUUUCGAUCUGAAACCAGAUGAUCAGAGGGAAGUUCCUGCAGACAAACUUGCUGCCCUUGUCUCCGUUGCCGUAGAAACGUGCGGCAAUCCCAUCUACAACCCUGGAGGUUCAGCACUCAACACAUGUCGUAUACUGCGCGCCCUUGGAGAAAAAAACAUUAUCUUUUGCGGAGCUGUUGGCGUUGAUGAGAACGGCCAAAUAUUGCAACAGAUCUUGAAAGAUUGCGCACUUAAUACCUGCAUACAAACGUUGCCGGACGAAAUUACUGGAACAUGUAUGUGCCUCAUCAGUGGUGACAAACGGAGCCUGAACGCGAACAUUGGCGCUUCGUUACAUUUCAAGAAGGAGUUUGUAAGCUCGCGCUGGUGCCAGUCCAAGAUUGGCAUAUGCAAAUCAGCCGCACACACCAACAUCGAUGAGGACAUGCGAAUUUUCUACAUUGAAGGAUAUUUUGUGCCGGAGAAGUUUCACAUCUGCACGUACAUUUACGACCAGUACUGCAAAGGUACGGCGAAUCUGCUUGUCACCAAUUUGAAUGCAUCGUACAUACUGCAGGAGUUUACCGCGGAGAUGCGCUUUCUCGUCGAGCAUGCCGAUUUGGUGUUUGGAAAUUUGGCCGAAUUCAUUGCACUGGCACAGAUCUACCACUGUGACGAUGUGGACGCCUUGGCUCGGUUGCUGAUAAAACCGUACCGAAAACAUAAUCGCAAUAAGAUCCUCAUCGCAACCGAUGGUUGCCGAAGUGUCCGGUUGUACUAUGGUGCGGGAUCGAAAUUCAUAGCGGAAAGUUAUCCGGUGCCGGUCAUACCGGCUACUGCGGUCAUCGAUACCACCGGAGCAGGCGAUUCAUUUGUGGCAGGAUUUCUGUACAAAUUCAUGAACGAUGAAAGCCCUACGUUAGUGGACUGCAUUCGAUACGGGUGUAAAGUUGCAGGAAAAGUGAUAAGGCAGGUGGGGUGUAACUUACCGUCGAGCGUUCCAUCAUCGCCAUCAGCCACAGCCCCAUGUGCAAAGGAGGCGACGAUUCCUUGAGAUCGUGGCCAUCAGCCACCAGGAGGAAAGUG